AUGAUUUUAGAUCUCCUCCAGCAGCACUUUGACUUGUACUUAAGAUUAUGCAGUGCAGAUGCGAAGAAUUUUGUUAAUAAGGAUAAGAUAUAUAUCAAGAAGGCUAAGGAUAAGGAUGUUAAGGGUAAUGAGGAUAUUAAGGGUAGGGAUAAUAAGAAUGAGAUCUGGAAGGCCUUUAUUAACUCUAGACUCGAGCUGGAGGCUGAUGAUCGUAGUGAUGAUAAUCUUGAUAUGGAUUAUCUGGAGUCUGUUUAUGAUGAUGAGGAGGAGGAUAUUGAAGGCGAGGGCAGCGAUGAUGAUAAGGUUAUUUUUAAUGAUGAGUCCGACAAGGCUGCUGAGAAGGCUGUUAAGGAGGAGAAGGUCGAGAAAGAUAAGGAAGAUGCCUUUGAUAUGGAUGUCUCGGACGACGAGGCUUUCUUGGACAGCGACGACGAUCUUCUAUCUGAUAUGGAACUUGGUGGUGUCGAGGUACCUACCGAGGCUCCUUCGGACUUGAAGAAGCGCCGCAAGCUCAAGCACUGCCAACCUUUGCCUCUGCCGACGACUACGCGGCUCUUCUUGCAGACGAAGACGAGGAUAGCCCGCGCGGGGGAUACCACUGUCUGUUCCUGCCCGUCAUGCCCCGAUUUGGGUCUAGAGGAGAUCGAGGACACUCUCCUGGAUGCGCUCAAGGAAUUCGGUUGGAUUGGCGCCAUUGAACUUGCGGGUCUCAUCUUAGUUGCCCGCGCAGCCGACCAGCUUUUGCGGGGCCUUGUCAAGGAUCUCCUUGAAAAAGGAAUGCCGAAGUAA